AUGAGGAAUUCUCGACGAAUGAAACAAUUAUAUCAAAUCAAUCCCGACUGUGCAAUAACGUUGCGAGACCGCGACGGAGCUGAAAUUUUCGUGGAUUAUUUCCAGGAAAUUCUUUAUCAAUAUAAAGGCUGUAGCUGUUUUUUGUUGGAAAUAAAUGAAAAUUCGACAAAAGAACAAUCAUCCCAAUCAUCAGUGGUGUUAAGCUUAAAUCACGAGAUUUCUCUUGCAUUCUUGAGGAAUACAAAAAAAAGCAACACUUUAAGUGAUAGUUCCCGCCGCUCGUUAGUGCGCGAGUCUACUAACUUUUUACGCCAACAUUGUGGAAAUCACCCGAAGCGUGGGGAAAAAAUUGCACUAGCUGAAUCAAUAAUAUGUAUUUUUCCAGCUUUUAAGAUUGCUAAUAGCAAAUUUGGGGGAAUUGAUUUGUUCUACAAUCCAGAGAACAAUUCCGGCUAUUUAGCUGCAAAGUUAAAAACCAUAAACACCAAGCUUACGAAACUCGACAGCGGUGGAAAAAAAAAACGUAAACUAUCUGAGGUCGACAAGGAAAGCGAUGAUGAAGCGGUAAUUUCUGUAGAAGAUCUUCACUUUUUUCAAAACUGCAUUGUUGCAGACGAACUGCAACUGGUUCAACAGAAAUUGCAGGAAACGUUAAAAGCAAGACAAAAGUUUAUCGCAACUGAAUCUAAUGUUUUGGAACAUUUCCCAAUAUUUUUAUAUGAUUCGUCAUUGAUUGAUUUUGAUUUUAAUCUUCGGAAUGGAGAGGCGAUUUCGAACAGUCUUUUAGAAAACUGGGAAAAAUAUGAAAGCUGUGUGGAGAAAAUUUUAAUUGAUGCCGCUGGCGGACCUAGUCUGGGAAACUGUACUGAUUGGGCCACUGAAGUGCUACCUUAUUUGAUGCUUUUAAAGCUGCUGCCAUCUACUGCCAGUGGACGCGCCCAAAAGAAAGUAAACUUUCAAAAAUCUGUCGAUAGUUUUCUUUCCUUUGAAAACCUCAACACCCCUAUCGCAGAAUAUGCAGCUGAGACUAGUCAGCCCACCAUCGUUGCAGUUGGACAAGACAGAGCCACAAUUUGUCAGUAUUUUAUAACCAUUAAUGGCAAGAAGGUAAAUGUUCCCAUCAAUUAUAAAUUCAGCCAAGUAUUCGACCUGUAUUUUAAAGCAUUUUAUGUAUUUAAUAUACAAUUUGAUGUAACUUUGGCGAACUUCUUGGGGUUUUUUGACAAAUUUAUUUACAAAAUCAACGAUAAUAAGAAGCCAAGUACUAGGUUAUUAGAAGUGCAAUCGAAAUUCGAGAAUAAGUUUAAGGAAUUAAUGAAGUAAGUUUCAUAUAAAAAAAAUGGCAAAAUUUUGCUUUUUAUGUUCCAGAGAAUUUGAAACCGUAACAAAUGUUGUAUUUCAUUUAAAAAAUUAACAUUUUUUAGCGGAGGCUCACGGUUUAAAGUUAAGGUGUGUUUCCUCUAAAACAUGUAAAAGAGUAUUUAAUACAUUUAGUUCGUUAAGUAGGCAUUCCAAACUUUGUAAUCCUAUUAAUAUAAGCAGCGAAAUUCCAAAAAAGAAAAUUGAACAAAUAUCAAAACCAGAAAAUGUAAAUACUCAAAGUCCUGCCAUUGACAAUGAUAGACCAUCUUGCUAUUUUUCUUCAGUAGAGAAUUUUGAAGCUUUCUCGAUUGCUUCAUCACUUUCAAAAAAGUUGAUAUUAUGUGGAAUUUCAGAAACAAAAAUUGGUGAAAUAUUUACAUCGUUUGAAGUUCUAAUAAAUAACAGCUUUGAUAAAUUUGAAAGGUACUUAAUAGAAAAACAUCCUGAGAUAUGAGAGAAUUUAUUUAAGGAAAACUGUAUUACUUUUCGGGGUGAAUUGACCGAUGACUUAAACAAUAUUCAACAAAAUUUAGAAGAGGAAAACAAUGUAGAAAGACAAACUUUUAUGUCCUGUGAACUAAUUGAAUAAAAUCUAUUAUUAAAUUAAGCUAUUGUUCCUCUAAUAUAAUUUUAAGUUAUUUCAAAUAAAAUGUAUUUCUUAACAAAAUUUUAUUUUGAUUUUUAUUUUCAGCACAUAGCUUUCCAUAAUGUUCAAACAAGCAAUCCUUAUUUUAAAAAAUAUCAAAUUUCUCCUUAAUUGUACAUGAAAUGUGGUAUGUUUUAUUAACGGGGUUGUAAAUUUGUUGAGCACUGUACGCAUUGGGUUUGCUUUUAAUACCAACAAUAUAGUAAAUCUAAUCCAAUUUUGUUUUUGAUUAUAUUCCAUAAAAGUAUUAAAUCCAUUCCAAUUAUCAGAUAGAUCCAAAACCAUCUCUGUUACUUUUAAUACGAACAAUAUCCUAAAUCUAAUCUAAUAUCGGUUUAGAUUUAAUUCCAUAAACUAUAAAAUCUAUUCCAAUUAUCAUAUAGAUCCAAAACCAUUUAAGUUAUUUUUAAUACGAACGAUAUACUAAAUCUAAUCCAAUUUUGGUUUUGAUUAAAUUCAAGAAAAGUAUUAAAUCUAUUCCAAUUUCGAGAUAGAUCCAAAACCUUUUCAGUUUUAUUUUCAAUCCCUAAAAACUAUAGAAUUUAGCCCCAUGGUUUGUUUCUAAGAAGAAAAGCUUAUUUGAAUUAAUUCCAAAUAUAUUAUUAAUACAUACUCUCUCAAUCUUUUCUCUCCCUCUUUGCUUAAACCAGUAUGGUUUUAAUCUAAUACUUUCUGUCAUUGUUAUAUAUAAACACCAAAAUGGUAUUAAAAUUAAACUAAAUU